GUAAGAGCGCGCGUCGGUCGCCGAAGGCCGCCGUCGAGCGCCGCAGUUUUCGCGCGGGGCGGGUGUUGUCGUUCGUACAACUUUCGCGCGACGAGCAGUGGAGUUAACGCGGGGGAGUUCGUCGUGCACGGAGGAUCGCGCGAAAAUGCCGCCGAAGAAGCGGGAGAAGGACCUGGACGGGCAGAAGGGACCUCGCAUGGACCAGAUACAGGCUGACCAUGAGCUGUUUCUGCAGGCCUUCGAAAAACCAACGCAAAUUUACCGCUUCCUCCGCACAAGAAACCAAAUUUCACCAAUAUUUCUGAAUAGAAACUUAACAUAUAUGAGGCAACGCAUGUCUAGAAGUCACAAGGCACGACGAGGAUUUAAGGUCGACACGAUUUUAGAAAAGUUAAUAUCGAAAAGCAAUCAAGAACAGAAUCUUGGCCUUCCCGGAUACAUGACCCUCACGUUUUUAGGAUUUUAUGACAAAAGAGUUGAGAUAUCACAGGAUCCAGUUAAAGUGGAAACAUUGUUAUUGAAAAUCUGCCACAAGAAACGGAAAGAUGUCAGUUCGCCUAUCAUGCAAGUGAGUUCAGUGUCAUUGAACUUGAUGGUCCCAAUCGGCACAAGCGAGGUCCCCAUUAACCCUUCUGAGACUCAGCCUCCGACAAAGGCGCCCACAAUUUCCAUACCCAAUGAAUCAUUUAGCUUAAAUAACGGUCAUGUAGCGAAGACUUAUACGCUUUUGCUCAGGGUUUAUUGCGUGUCUAACAAUGGCUGCCUUAUGCAUAACUGUGAUUUAGAAGAACCAGCUCAAAAACGCCGUAAAUCGUCUACGGGUUCGAUUAAGACUGGCAGUGGCGAGGAAGUGAAGCAGUACGGCUCCGAGCUCAUAGUGUACGAUAAGCACAGCCGAUGCCUGCUGACGGACGGCGAUUACGAAUUAGGUUUGCAGGAAGUACAAACCAAUAUUAGGUCUAGCCCUAAGAAGCACAGCUCUUGGGAGUCCUUGCCGGACAUCAAGAACUGCGAGCCCUUCGAAGUGUUCAGCGCCGGGCCGACGUUAAAGUUCCGGCUCAGUUGGACGACGGAACCGAGUAACAGUCUGGUGGACCGACCAACGCCGAUACACCCGAUACCGAGCGGCGACAAUAAGGAAAAUCGAUCGACCAAUGCUGGUUUUGAGCGUUCUUCCGUAGGUCACAAUAAUAAUAGCACAAACAAUAACAAUAACGCGACACUGCCAACGCCUAGUCCAUUAACGCCCUCGAGAAUGAGCGUCUCCAACGAGAAGGUGGACGCCAACGCGGGAUCGCAGCAGAUAGUUUAUCAAUUUUUGUACAACAAUAACAGUCGGCAGCAGACAGAGGCUUGCGAAGACCUACACUGCCCGUGGUGCUCGUUGGACUGCAGCAAACUCUAUUCGCUUCUGAAGCACUUGAAGCUCUGCCAUUCGCGAUUUACAUUUACAUACGUGCCAAUUCCGCAAGGUGCCCGAAUAGACGUAGCAAUAAACGAGUGCUAUGAUGGUUCGUAUGCAGGUAGUCCUCACGAGUUAAUUUCACAACCGUCUAGCGUACCUUUUUCAAGGACAGGACCGACAAGGCGUACCAGUGUAACGAACAUCCUAGUGUGUCGUCCAAAGAGAACGAAGCCGAGUCUAUCCGAGUUCCUGGAGCUCGAGGAAAACGAGUUCGAGAGCCAGAGGCCUUACAUCACCGGCCACAACAGACUGUAUCAUCACACCGUGACCUGCUUACCUAUAUACCCCAAAGAGAUGGACAUCGAUUCCGAGGGCGAGAACGAUCCCAAGUGGCUGCAAACGAAGACGAUGAUGAUGAUCGACGACUUCACGGACGUGAACGAGGGCGAGAAGGAGCUGAUGAAGAUGUGGAACCUACACGUGAUGAAGUACGGAUACGUGGGCGACUGCCAAAUACCAAUAGCUUGCCAAAUGUUCUUAGAUAAUAAAGGGAAGGAGUUACUCAUGAAGAACCUUUACCGCAACUUCGUGCUGCACAUGUGCAGCCUGUUCGACUUCGGUCUCAUCAGCCCGGUGAUCCUGUACCAGAACAUACAGAAGCUGCAGGAGAUUAUGAAGGAGGGCGGCGAAGACGGGGACGUGCGCAAGGUGCUGCAGAAGUCGCACGAGGCCCAAGUGGAGCGCUGGGCGGUCACGAGCACGCAGACGUCGACGCACGACAUGUCGAAGAUCGGCGUCGGCACCGGCGUGAAGGUGAACUUCGGCGGUGACGGCGCCAACUCGAAUGCCAGGCGGAAGACAUCGUUGCCGUUGGGUUCGCCCAGCACGCAGAGCGUCAAGAGCACGAUGUCCGUGCACAAUAACGUCAGCAAGCACGCCAGCAUGAUGGCAUCCUCGUCGUCUUCGAGCAAGAGCGUCGCCCAUAACAAUUCGAUGCAGAGCUCCGUCGUCGGGAAAAACAGUGGCUGCAGCGGGUCCGCUUACGGGAGUGCGACUUCGAUGCAGAGUAUCGCGAGCAAGGUCGCCAACGUCGGCGGUCCGAACGCCGCCGGCGCUACGAUGGCGGCGAGCAAGAGCGCGGCGAUCGCGAGCAACGGCGUCGCGACGAGCCAAAGCGAGCACGACACGUCGUCAGGCAAGCAAGCGAGUAACAACGAUCUACCGGCGAGGCGAAAAAGUACAAACUCCAUCAUGCAGGUCAACGUGGAGAAUGCGACGACGCCGUUGCGCAGGAAGUCGAUGGCCGGCGAGAGCGCGAGCACCGAAUACCACCGGAGGAAGUUGAUGUUGGACGCGAUACCGCCGAGCAACGGAGUCGCCAGUCAGAAACCGUCCCCGAACGGAGGUAGCUACUAGUAGCGAAAAAGGAAUCGACUUUCGCGUGCGUUCUCUUUAUGGAAAUCGUACUUCUUUUUUUUCUCUCUCUCUCUCUCUCUCUCUCUCUCUCUCUC